AGACAGGAGAGCAGAUGCUAAGUAGCUCAAGGACAACAGAAGCUACAAACGUGAUAAACACUGGGAUUAUGAACUAGAUGGUUGUUGAUCAUCAUGGAAUGUAUAAAUCAGAACCAGAGUCAAAUUAAUUUAUCUUUUAACUGGAGAUUCCAAGAAUAUUCUCUACCUGCACUCAUUUAUUAUAGCACUAUACUACCCAUUGGUCUUCUAGUUAACAUCACAGCACUAUGGGUUUUCAGUUGUACGACCAAAAAACGCACAACUAUUACAGUCUAUAUGAUGAACGUGGCACUUCUUGAUUUAAUAUUUUUACUUUUUGUGCCUUUCUUUAUCAUGUAUUACGCAAAACAGUACUGGCCUUUUGGAGAUGUGUUUUGCCGUGUGCUGGGAGCAUUGGCAGUGUUUUACCCCAGUGUAACACUGUGGCUGCUUGCAUUUAUAAGUGCAGAUCGCUACAUGGCAAUUGUACAACCCAAGCAUAUCAAAGAGCUGAAGAACAUUUCCAAAGCUAUGGCAGCAUGCUUCGGAAUAUGGAUAAUGACCAUGGUGACAACGACCCCUAUGCUCUUCGUCCUCGAAGAUCCAGACAAAAAAUGCAAUUUUACCACUUGUUAUAAAAUCUUCAACAUUAUCCACUUUAAAAAAAACAACAUCUUGAACUUUGCUCGUCUUAUAUUCUUUUUCUUGAUUCCACUGCUGAUCAUGAUUGGCUGUUACUGUGUCAUCAUUUACAGUCUCCUAAGUGGAAGAACGUCUCGACUUAAACCAAAAGCAAAAAAGAAGUCCAUUCGGAUUAUUGUUACUUUAGUGGUGCAGGUAUUGGUAUGCUUUGUACCAUUUCAUAUUUGCUUCCUGUUGCUGAUUACUCAGGAUGAACAAGAACAGUAUGUGCAAUGGGGAGUAGUUUCUACCUUACUAAUGUAUCUCAGCACAUGCCUGGAUGUUAUUCUAUACUACAUUGUAUCAAAGCAAUUCCAGGCAAGAGUUCUCAGUGUUAUCUUGUAUCGUAACUAUUUAAGAAGUGUUCGAAGAAAGAGUGUCCAAAAUGGAAGCCUUCGUUCCUUGAGUGCUAUUAAUAGUGAAAUAGUAUGAUGUAACCUUGGAAGGCUCUAAAAGAACAUGAUAUAAUAUAUUUUUGACUUGAAAC